CUUUCUUCAACAUUGUAAGCUACACAAAACACAGAGAAAAAAUAACUAAAAGUAGAAGCAAAAAUAAAUAAAAAAAUGACUCUAUUUCAGAUGAAAUCGAAAUCAUCUAGAAGGGUAAAUGAUGUAAAAAGUUGCCAAGAAAAGUACUGCAAGGGAAUUUACUUGAAGGGAUCAGAGAAAUGUGACAAAUUAGAUAGUGGUAAUACAGUUUUAACUGUGUGGAAGAAGUCACUUUUAAUGAAUUGCACUGGAUUUACUGUGUUUAAUUGUAAAGGUAAUCUUAUUUACCGUGUUGAUAAUUACCGUGCAAGACCUGGUGAGAUUGUUCUUAUGGAUGCUUCUGGAACAUCAAUGUUCACUAUGCGUCGUCACAAGACUCUGAGGUUAGUGGAUGAUUGGCUAGUAUAUCAGGGUGAUGCUAGUGAUCAAAAUUCCAAGAAAAAGCAGCCACUUUGCUACGUAAAGAAGAAUGUAAACAUACUACAAACAAAUUCAAAUGUACUUGCACAAGUUAUCCUGGGUACAUCAAAUAAGAAUCCUACAUAUGUGAUUGAAGGCUCCUAUGGGCAAAGAUCAUGUAAGGUCAUCGACAAGUUAUCGAAGAAGAUUGUGGCAGAGAUCAAGAGAAAAGAAGCCACUAAUGGAGGUGCUUCGUUUGGUCUCGAGGUUUUUCACUUAAUCGUGUGUCCAGGAUUCGAUUCUGGGUUCGCAAUGACUCUGGUUUUGCUGUUAGAUCAGAUGUUCAGCUGAAAACUAUGGAUGUUCCUGUCUUUUCUUGUCUUUAUAAUUUUUUGUAUUAGAGUGCCCCUCUGGAUUAUUUGCCAAGAUGAGGGCUGGUUAUGAGAUUGUAUAAGUAUUUGAUGAAAUACAUCUCUAACCAACAAAUCUUUGUGUACCAUGAAUAGAAGUAUUAAAGUAUAAAACUGUGUUUUUGCUUGCA